ACCAUGAUCCCCACCCUCGUGGCUGUGCUCUGUCUUGGGCUGAGUGUGGGCCUCAGGAUCCCAGUGCAGGCAGGACCCCUCCCCAAGCCCACCCUCUGGGCUGAGCCAGGCCCUGUGAUCCCCUGGGGGAGCCCCGUGACCAUCUGGUGUCAGGGGACCCCAGGGGCUGAGGAGUACCGUCUGGAGAAAGAGGGAAGCCCACCACCAUGGAAAAUACAGGAGCCACAGGAGCCCGUGGACAAGGCCAAGUUCUCCAUCACACACAUGACAAAGCGUGAUGCAGGGAGAUAUCGCUGUUACUAUCACAGCCGCACUAACUGGUCAGAGCGCAGUGACCCCCUGGAGCUGGUGGUGACAGGAGCCUACAGCAAACCCAGCCUCUCAGCCCUGCCCGGCCCUGUCGUGACCUCAGGAGGGAACGUGACCCUCCAGUGUGGCUCAGGGCAGGGAUUUCACAGGUUCAUUCUGACUAAGGAAGGAGAUCACAGGCUCUCCUGGACCCUGGACUCACAGCUACAGCCCAGUGGGCAGUUCCAGGCCCUGUUCCCUGUGGGCCCGGUGACUCCCGACCACAGGUGGACAUUCAGAUGCUAUGGCUGCUACAGGGACAGGCCCCAGGUAUGGUCACACCCCAGUGAUGCCCUGGAGCUGCUGGUCUCAGGUGAGUCUGGGAAGCCCUCCCUCCUGAGCCAGCAGGGCCCCAUCGUGGCCUCUGGACAGAGCCUGACCCUCCAGUGUCGCUCUGAUGUCGGCUAUGACAGAUUCGCUCUGUACAAGGAGGGGGGACGGGACCUCCCCCAGAGCCUUGUCCUGCAGCCCCAGGCUGGGCUCUCUCAGGCCCACUUCCCCCUGGGCACUGUGAGCAGCUCCCACGGGGGCCGGUACAGAUGCUACGGUGGAUACAACCGCUCCUCUGAGUGGUCGGCCCCCAGUGACGCCCUGGACAUCCUGGUGGCAGGUGAGGAGCCAGUGGGAUGGCUGUCUGACACACCCUCCCUCUCGGUGCAGCCAGGCCCCAGGGUGACCUCAGGAGAGAACGUGGCCCUGCUGUGUCAGUCACAGAGCCCUAGGGACAUGUUCCUUCUGUCCAAGGAGGGGGCAGCCGGUCCCCCCUCUCGUCUGAGAUCAGAGCACCCAGCUCAGCAGUUCCAGGCAGAGUUCUCCAUGAGCCCUGUGACCUCAGCUCACGGGGGGACCUACAGGUGCUACAGCUCAAACAGCACCUCCCCCUUCCUGCUGUCACUCCCCAGUGAGCCCUUGGAGCUUCUGGUCUCAGACUACACAGUGGAGAAUCUUAUCCGGAUUUGUGUGGCUGGCUUGAUCCUGGUGGUCCUCGGGGUGCUGAUAUUUCAGGCUCGAAAUGACACUGAAAUCACCCUCCAAGCAGCCAGGAUGUGAACACAGAGGGAACAACGCACCGUUCAGAGUGGGGGAGCUUUGGAGCCCAUCUGAGGAUUCCAGGAGGUGCCGAAAGAGACUAUGGACCACUGUUGGGGAAACUGUCUGCUGAGAAUGCCCAGGGAAGUAGAGGUGGUAGCCGAGGUUUGGGUGCAGGAGAACGUGGGCCAUGUCCCUGUAGAGGACGUCUCCGCCAUCCACCUGGGUGCUCUCCCUCCUUCCCUGACCUCGCUGACUCUCUCCCACUGCCCUUCUGUUCUCACCCUGUGAUGUGAGGGUCCCUCCCACAUGGCUGGUUUGGAUUCACAUCUAUA